AAAAAAAUCCUGUUUUGAACCAGAGAUAUCAUUCGAGAUAGAUAACCAAUUGGCCAACAGAUUUUAUGGUCGUUGAGAUCCUCCUUAUAUCUCUAAGCAUGCAGAAGAUCGAAGCCAUGCUCUGCUCUCCCUAUAAAUUCGACGUCGCCUUCGUCGAAAAGCCGUCCCACCAGAUCCAUCGACCACCCAACCAGAAGAUACAUGGCGCCAUCCAAGAUGAACCUCCUGGUGGCCACCUUGCUCGUCGCCUUCGCGGCCGUGGCCACGCCACCGGCGGCGGCGUUCUCGUUCCCUGCCAUACUCCCCUGCCUAGAUCCGUUCCUUCCUCGGAUCCCACUGUUCCCCUGCGUGGAGCCGAAGCCGCUCGAUCUGGGGCCCAAGGAGUGCCGGACGCCGCUGCUGAAGAUGAUGCCGUGCGCGGUCUUCCUCACCAACAGCAGCGUCACGGCGCCCUCGCGCGCGUGCUGCGACGGCUUCAGCGCCAUCGGCAUGGACGGGGAGGCCAUCUGCUACUGCCGCCUCGUCAACGGCGACAUCCAGCAGCUCCUGCCGGUGCCGAUGAACUUCACCAGAAUGUUCUCCCUCACGGAUGCGUGCGGCAUCAAUUAUUUUGGGCUCGAUGCGCUCCCUGAGCACUGCGCCAGGGACGGUUCGCCGCCGAUGACCGCGUCACCGCCGGCACCUUAGGCCUUUAGGCAGGAACGCUGUACGAGUUAGAUGGGAAGGAUGAAGGUGUGGAUGCCAGAGGAUGGGUGUGCUUAGUUUCGACAUGCUAUACUAGUAGGAGUUGCUUAGGGGGUCAUAUGCAAGCUUUAGAUUAUGUGACAUCAUGUCAUUAGGUUUAGCCAUAGGGAUUUGGUUCCUGCCAUUCAAGAAUAAAGAUGUCAUUAUAUUCCAUCAAAAUACGUCAUCUGUUCUGAAAAUAUAGUGUCAUUACCACUCUCAACAUGAACAGAUAAGAUUCUGC